CGUUGGCGACCCGGAACUGCGGGCCGGCCGGGGCGGGGAGCCGUGCUGAAGGGUGCUUGGGUGCCUCUGCCUGCGGGAGCCAUGCCGCCGCCCAAGGACGUGGUGAAAAUCGCCAUCCAGAUGGUGGGAGCCAUCCCCCAGCUCAUCGACCUCCAGCAGACCAAGCCCCUCUCCUCCGUGCUCAAGGACGUCUGCGAUGCGUGGAGCCUGCCCAACGCCGAGCACUACGCCCUGCAGUACGCGGACGGGCGGCAGACCUACAUCACCGAGUCGAACCGCAGGGAGAUUAAGAACGGGAGCAUUUUACGGCUGACCACCUCCCCGGACCAAGAAGCAGAGAGGUUGUACAGCGGGAUCCAGAGCAACAAUGUGGACGUGAAGACUGACUCGCUGAAGAAGCUUGCGAGCCUCUCCCAGGAUGUCACCUUUGCUCAGGAGUUCAUCAACAGGAAUGGCUUGAAACAAAUCUUCUAUAUUGUGGAAGAAGGGAAUGCUACAGGGGAGAUGCUAGCUCACACCCUGAAGGCCUUCAUGGAGCUGAUGGAACAUGAUUUUGUUUCCUGGGAGACUCUUAGUGCAGUCUUUAUCAAGAAGAUAGUGAGUUACGUCAAUAUGAACGCGGUGGAUGCGUCUGUCCAGCAGCUCUCCUUGUCUAUCUUGGAGAACAUGGUACCCACCAGUCGCCACCUCUUUGAGCUAGUCAAAAAAGAAGUGACGCUGGAUCGUCUUCUCACCCACCUGCAGGUGACAAACGCCCAGCUGCAGCUGAAGGCCAUGGCCCUGCUCAUUGCACUGCUGCUGGCUGCGACCGAUGCCGAGCGGCAGGAGAUCAUGGACUACCUGAGGGAGAAGAACAUCAGGCAGUUCAUCCACAAGAACAUCAUCCACAGCUCCGAGCCGCUGGCAGAUGAGAUGGCCCAUUACCUGUACGUGCUGCAGUCUGUCAGCCUCAACCUGUGUGAGCGUCGCAUGAGGACCUCCAUGGACCCCUACUCACAGGAACAGCGGGAGCUCCUCCAGUCUCUGCGCCAAACUGCCUUUGAGUCGGAGAGCGAGGCCGCUGCCGGCGCCUCCAACGCCGAUCGCCGGCGAUCCCUGUGUGCCAAGGAGUUCCGCAAGCUGGGCUUCGUGAACAACAGCAACCCAGCAGAGGACCUCCACCGUGCCCCGCCAGGACUCCUUGCCCUUGACAACAUGGUGUAUUUCUCCAGGCACACCCCCAACGCCUAUAGCAGGUUCGUCCUCGAGAACAGCAGCCGAGAAGACAAACACGAAUGUCCCUUCGCUCGAAGCAGCAUCCAGCUCACCCUGAUCCUCUGCGAGAUCCUGCACAUUGGAGAGCCGUGCUCAGAGACGGCUCAGGCCUUUUACCCUAUGUUCUUCGGGCAGGAUCAUUUCUUUGAAGAGCUCUUCUGCAUCUGCAUCCAGCUAGUGAACAAGACCUGGAAGGAGAUGCGUGCCACCCAGGAGGACUUUGACAAGGUGCUGCAGGUGGUGCGGGAGCAGAUCACCAGGACCCUGUCCCUCAAACCCACCUCCCUGGAGCUAUUCAAGACCAGAGUGAAUGCCCUGAACUACAGUGAGAUCCUGAAGCUGCGGCAGACGGAGCGGCUGCACCAGGAGGAGACGCUGGCUGUGCCCGUGCUGGAGCUGCGUGAGAGGCUGAAGCCGGAGCUCCUGGAGCUGAUCCGACAGCAGCGCCUGCAGUUCCUCUGCAAGGGCACCUUCUUCCCCAAGAUCAGCAGCCGCCGCAGGCAGGACAAGCUCUGGUACUGCUGCCUGUCACCCAACCACAAGGUGCUGCACUUUGGGGAUGUGGAGGAGAAGGUGCACCCUCCCAUCGAGAGCCUACCAGAGAAAAUUCCUGUGGCGGACAUGAAGAUGCUGCUUGUGGGGAAAGAGUGUCCACACACGAAGGAGAAAAGCUCCGGGAAGCAGAACAAGGAUGUCCUGGAGCUGGCCUUCUCCAUCGUGUAUGACAUGGAGGAAUACUGCCUCAACUUCAUUGCCCCCGCCCGGUACGAGUUCUGCCUCUGGACGGACGGGCUGAACGUGCUCCUGGGCAAGGAGAUGAUGAGCGAGCGAACACAGACAGACCUCGAUGUCCUGCUGUCCAUGGAGCUCAAGCUGCGCCUCCUGGACCUGGAGAACAUCACCAUCCCUGACACUCCUCCUCCUGUCCCAAAGCCCCCCAGCAACUUAAACUUCUGCUAUGACUUCAGCCAGGCAGAGCAGUGAGUUCCUCUCUCUGCCCCAUCCUCCCUCUGCACCCCCCCCCCCCAGAAUCAAACCCCUUCCUCCAGGCUCUGUCCCUCAUCCCUGGCCCAAAGGGACAAGCCCCAGGUGCUGGCUGGGGGCUGGGCUGUGCGCUGCCUGCACCUUGCCUAUCCUGGGGCCAACAGCCCCCCCCUUCCCUGCCUGUGUCCUGUCCUCCUGCACAAGCGUGGGGCUGAGCCACUGAGCGCCAGGCUCCUCUUUGAGGGGGUGACCCGGCUGCUUUACCCCCCCUGCCACAGGCAGGUGAAACAAAACACUCUCCAGACAGCCCAACCCCUCCAUGGUGGCCUUGCCCCCUGCCCCGGCCAGGCUUUGGGCAGAGAGGGCAAGGAUACAGGCAGGAAUAAAGGGACAGGCAUCCCUGGGACAGCUCUAGGGGGAACGGCGGUGGGGGCAGCACUACAAAGGUACGAAUCUGCGCUGCCCCACUCUCCCCGUCAGCAUAGGGGCUCCCUUCUGAGGAAGAAAAGGGUUCAAAAAAAGGAUUAAACACCCUUUCUGCUCAGCUUGGUGAGCAGACAGCACCUCCAGAGCACAGUGUACCUGCCCAGCCAGGCCCCUGCCGCACUGAAACCUUUUCCUGCUGGGGUCUGUGUGCUCCUGCUCCUGGAAAGGGGGAUUUAGGGUACAAGCCCCCCCUGCUACUGCCAUUUCAGCCGGGCAGGGCUUUGCUGCUGCUGUGCCUGGUGUGAGGAGGAGGCUGUGGUCUGGUCUUGCCAACCCUGGUGCCUUCCCCCACCCCGGGCGGGCAUUGUGCUCCUCAGGCCUUACUGCUGCACUACUGCACCAUGACAAGCUACCUCCUCCCCGGCCCUCAGCCCGGGGCCCUGGACCUGCUCCGUGCCUACAGCCUCUCCAGCGGGUGUAGCCUCUGACUGCAGGUGGCCGGAGCUCUGACUGUGCCUCUGCCUCCCGUGUUUUGGGACAAUAAAC